AUGGUGACGAGGUGUGGUUUUUCCAGAGUCAUCUACUUUGUCCUUCUUUUAUCCUGCUAUCACGCCGGGCCCAGUGAGGGCCCAGGAACCGUCUUGGCACCGCCGUGCCAGACGGGCAAGGACACGGUCGUGACCGGUGCCCGCGACACCGAUCGUGCGACGGUGGAACAAGCAGCAACCUGUCUCCUUGGACACCAUUCGGGAGAUCAGCUGGCACGGACUGCCCUGAGGAGCAUCACGAUGGCCAAUGCAGGAUCUUGGAAAUGUAUGCAAUGCAAACAAAUGGUAAAGAUGACAGCAAAUUAUUGUCCUUCCUGCGGACAACACUGGAAGACGGCGGCGGCGCCCGAGUUCCAGCCGUACGGAAGACCGGCGGCGCCGAAGUCGCCGAGGAGACCUCCAUCGCCCAGGCAACGACCGUGGCACCCCAAAGGUGGGGCGCCGAGCAAGCCAAAAGGCCCGACAAAGGGCACUACCAAAGGACAGGUGCCCGAGGGGCUCGCGUUGCCGAGCGACUGGAUGGCACCACCGAUACCGUGGCAGGCGACCACGGCAAGCACCGCGGCCGACGACAGCUCCUUACAGGGUCUCUUGCAAGCGGUUCAUGGCUACUUUCCUGGCCAGUCCUUGCCGCAGCCUAUUGCGGAGGCUGUGGCGAAGCUGGAGGCCGACACUGGGCGGCGCCUCACCAAGAACUUGCACUCCCAGACAGCCCAGCUUGGAGCAGCCAAGAGACGACUCCAAGAAGUGAAGGCAGCCAAAGCCAAGCACGAGCACCAAUGGGUGGAGUUCCUGAACGGGACCAUCCAGGCCUUGGAGAAGGGAGCCAAACAGUAUCAAGAGACCGUGGACACCUACCUCAGCCAGGAGGAGGAUGCAAAGACCAAAUUGGCUGCGGCCAGACAGGCUAUUCGCGAUCUCACGACUGCGCCCCACCAGGAGGAAGAUGGCACCAUGUCGGUACAAGAGGAGUCCGACCUGGAACUGCUGGUGGAUGCGGGCACCUCCGGCGCCCAGGAGGCGGCGGAGCCCAAAGUCGUGCAAGCACAGAAGAAGCUGCGGGUCACUUUGGAUACCCUCAUGGCCCGACUGCCGAUGACAGAGGCCGACACCCCGAGGAGGCGAGGCCGCGAGAAAGACCAAACCACCAACACCAGGGAACCGGUACAAGAAGCACCGCCCCCUGGCGAGGCCGCAGCUCCAGAGGUGGAUGUUUGUGGGAGCGAGUGGCCGGGUUACAGCUUUUGGCACUCCGUGAUGGAAGAGGAGGAUUUCCUCUCCGCGGCAGAGGCCAUCGGAGUCGCGUCUCUCUGGGAUUUUUGCUGCAGCAUCCAAUCGACUGCGCCCGAGCUCGCCUGCCUUGCCAGCAUGCAAGGGGGCAGGGCCUUUCGUGAGCGAUGGUUUGGCCAGGAUGAAUGCGAGGAGCUCGAGCACGAUCCGGGGCCUCUGGUCUCGGAAGGAGGUGUUCUGAAGCCACCACUGUGCAUGGUAGACAGACAGGGCAGCGCUUUAGACACCAUCCCCCCUGAGACGGAGGACCUUGAACGUGCCGAGACCCAUCCUCCCUUUUCCUCGGCGCCAAAAGGAAUUCUCAAACGACACGGUGAUGCACAAGGUCGUCAAUGCUGUAUCGUGAGAUUCGAAGCUUUCUGUGAGACAUGGAGCUACGAGAUCGACCACAGCUGUGAAGACCUGUACAGAUCUGAGGAAAGCAACUGUACAGGUUUUUCGGCCCGAAGGGCUUCUGAUAGGCCGUUUGGCAGGUGCCCUCCAGGGAAUGAUGUCAGCCACGACUCCCCCGCGCUCACCCUGUCGCAGCUUGUGCGCCCUGAGAGCCACACAGCAACUGCCCUUUUCUCCACCGAGCCUCUUCAGGUACAGGUCCCAACAUGCAGUGACCGCCAGGGAUUCCACGCAGCCCCAGGUGCAGGCGCUGGCCUUGCGCCAACACACGGCCAUCCUUGCUGCAGGCAGGUCGGUACCUUGUCGGAACCUACUGCAGACCUCCACACCACCGAGACACCCGGUGGAAAAGUUGAAUCACCGUCAGGAUUAUCCGCCAGGCCGAGGAAACCGACCAUGUUGUCACAGGUGAUAGCUGAACAGGUCGAGAUGCGACCUGACACCAUCACAGGGCCCCUGCCCUACCAGCCGAUUUCCACCAUCCCGGCCCUUUGCUCGGUUCCGGCAGACCCUGUUGGCGUUGGCCGCUAUGUUGUCAUGGACCCUCGACGCCACGUCUUCUUGCGACCUUCUGACCACCAAUGGGCACCGAUUGACUACUUGGCGGAUGCGAUCGCAGCUGUGCACUACGUCCCUAGGGUCGGCGUCUUUUUAAGACGACCACUUGCUGAUUUGCCAUCGCCUCAGAUUGUCCUCACUCCACCCUGGGAGCCGCCAGGACACUUCUGUUUGCCGGUGGACCUUAGGCCGUGGCACGAGCAGGUGUGUGUCAUUUGUGUUCGAGCAGGCAUGGAUGCGGUCCAACUCCGGGCCCUUUUGGUGACUCAGGGAUGUUGGCCUGACAGUCUUCUGGAUGUGCCCCAUUGCCGCUUUCGAGAUGCCUCUGGCGACAUCGUCGCUCGCAUUCACGACCCUGUCGAAGCGCACGAUUGGCUCCUGGUCGAGCACGAACAGCCCGAGGAAGAGCCAGGCACUGUUGACCAAGCUCUCGCCCUCUUUCAACAACCGGGCCUGACCCUCGCGAGGGAACCUCACUCUGCCCAGGAGGGCCCCCUUUCUCAGCCGGGCGGGAAGGUCGGUACCCUGUCGGAACCUACCGCUCUGGCUCCUGAGACCUGUCCAGCCUCGCCUCCUUGCAGCAGGAAGGUCGGUACCUUGUCGGUACCUACUGCUGCACUGACCCGUGCCCGUGAGGAUCGCUCCAGCCGUAUGCCGGCGACUCUGAGGUUCGUGCCACAGCCUCUUGUGGCUCCGCAGCCCAGCACACCCAAUUCUGCCCGAGACCUUCUCGAGACAGAUGCGCGUAAGGGACAGUUAGCCCGAACUACAGGUGCCACGCAGGCGCUUGGCCAGCCAGUUGCUCAUCCCCCUGAGGUUGGAGACCCACCCCUAACUCCUGGUCUUGCUCUACGCGAUGCCGUGCACCCUUCGGACGCGCAAAAGCUUGCCAUUGAACAUGUGCAAAUUGUGCCCUCUGCUUUUCGUGACUGGCGAUACUUCGACCGUAUCGUCACCUCCUUCCGUUGGGGCACAAGUUCGCCAAACACAUACGGCACUUACACCGUCUUUGACGGGGCACGACACAUGGCCGUUGAGAAGUGCCAUACAGGGGCGGAUCUUGAGUCUAUCGUGGCACUUGCAGUGGCGAGGGCUCCCUUCCCCGUCAGCAGCCUCAUGGUGCUAACAGACCCGAUCGGAGGACUGCCAAAGCCACAGCUUGUUUUGGCCGGUCAACCACAACAACCCGGCGAUCUCCCCAUUCCUUGGGAUCUUCGCUCCCUCGGGUUCAAUAUCAGGACCAUCAUCCACCGCCCAGACCAACCCACAAGCGAUGCACUUCGAUCUCUUCAGAAUACGUUGCCACCUGGGACGGAUCUGGAUGGCUUGUGGCGAACUGCUCACAUACACCUGGCAGACGCUCUUGGGCCUUUGCCGGCACGCCUUCCUCAAGACCUAACCGAUUCCCAGCAUUUCCGGGCCUUUAGGAUCCUAGGGGGUGACUUUCGGCUUAAUGUGAUGCACUCGCCUCUGUUCCUUGGAGGCACAGGGGCAACUGAGACCACUGCAACCACCACUGCGGCUUAUGCAAGAGGGGAACCUGGUGCACAACCGUGCAUACGCCUCAUCAUUUUCAGAGGCGAGGUUUCCGCCAGCAUUGAUGUGCAGCCCCCCUACCACACUUUCGAUGAGGCCCUUGCCCGCCUGCUACAUCACCAUGCGGCUGCCUCGGCUUUCGGAGCCUCUUCGACUAUUGUUCUUGCGAGAGCCCUCCCACCGGCGUUGGGGUAUGUGCAAGAGGUUGUGCUCCUGAUCUCAGACGACAGCGACACAACUCCUUUUGUCUGGGAUGCUCGCAAUGUUGGAGGCGCCUUGUCAGCUCAGCACGCCGACCCUUAUACCGUCCUCGAAUUUGUGACUUCGCAAGAAUGGCGGGACCGACAGUGGAUGUCGACCGUCAAUGGCGUUCCUGUUCAUCUUGCGAGCCGCUGUGUUUCCCACGGAGACUUUCUUCAGCCGUUUCAGGAGGGUCAGAGGCCUCCAUCUACGCCACAAGGGGUUGUGCUUGAUUUGAUUCCGGCCUUAGGCAUGUUUUCAUGGCCUUUUCGGCUCUCCCAUUUCCGGCGCAUGUACUUGCCACGUCUCCGUGACAGACGCUGGCGCAUUGGGCUGAAUUUUUAUGCCACUCAGCACCAUUGGAUUAUUGGCCCUCAGCAUGGAGACUUGAGACUGUGUGUCCCCGAGGGCCGCCCCCUUGACCAUGCUGAGAUCAUUUCGUACCUCAACCGGCUGGACAAUACCCCCAGUUGGGACCACAUUGCUGCUUCGAGUGCUGGGGACGCAGGUAACCCCGUUUUCGUCACGGCUGCGCGCAACUCCGGACUCAGCACAAUCUUGUCGCCUGCUCCGGGGUUCCCGGGUAGGUGGCUUGUCUUGUUGCUACCAUCCUCCACACGCCAGGCGAGGGGCGUACCUGCCACGACUGUCUCCAUUUUCCACCCCGAUCCCAACUUUCGGCACGGAGGCGUUUUGGUUCAGGGCCCUUUCUCGAUCCCACCUGUGCCAGACUCCAGUGACAUUGAGGACAUGGAGGACACCCAGCCGCUCCCCCGCGACCCGGAAGACACUACCAGCGAGGCAGUGAGGCGCAGUCAGCCCCAUCCUUCUGACGAUCCCGAUCUCCCGGGGGAUGAGCCCUUGGAAGAUGCCGUAGGCUUGCUGCAAAGACAUGCCAGGAGAGUGUCUCCCGCGCGGGACCCCACUGACUGCAACGGACCUCGACCCGUCAUCCCUACGCCUUUCGGCCGCAGACGGCUCCCUUCCAUCUGUAAAACUGCACCGGCGAUAGAAGGCGGUUUCAAACCGAGCCUUCCCGCGACAGUGGGCACCGAUGGACACCCAUCUACCUCUGCUGGCCCCGACACCUGUGCCCACAACCCUACAGGGACUGAAACCACGUCACUAACGGUUGAAGGCGGUUCCCUGUCGAACCUUCCCGUUAGCACUGGCCCUGAUGCCGUGUCGCCGCCCCACCUGACCCAGCCGGUGGAGCUGACCCUUGACUCUCUGCUGCCAUUGCCGGGCCCCUGCAUCGGCUGGGCCGUCGAUCAUGAUAUCGCACAGCAGUGCCUCUGCUCACACCACCUUGAAAGCUUGCACUCCGACCUGUCCCCGCUGGAGACAGACUUGCGCGCAGCUGCUAAAGCUUGGAGAACACUCCCUCCCUGGGACCCUCAGGUACGAUGCGAUGAAGCGUUCCUCUUCACUGAUGGCUCCUACUACGGACCACACGCAACUGCCUCUUGGGCUCUGGUUGUUGUUGUCCGUCAGGGUGCAUGUGUUUGCAGAGCUGGCUUCCAUGCAGCCACCGUGCACUUGGCAACCGUUGGCAAGGAGUCUGCCUUCCAAGGUGAGCUGGAGGGGCUACUACAUGCGACUGCCUUCGCAUGUACGAUUGGGGCAGGCAUCGUCCACAUCGCCAGCGACUGUCAGUCUGCUUUGGACCUGAUCUCCUCAGCGGGAGGUGCUCAUCAGGCCCACCCAGCCACCAGAGCUCUCUUAGGAUUUCUCAACUUUGCUCACUGCUCUGGCAUCCUGGUUCUCCUACACAAGGUCGAAGCACACUCCGGCUGUGGUCUCAAUGACCUCGCAGAUGCCCUGGCUAAGCAAGCCGGCCGUGCCGGGUGUGGCAAUCCAUGGCCUUGGGAGAUCUCUGUCUUUUCUGAAGCUGUCCAGGAGUGUGUGCCUGAGCGUCUGUGGCUCCUUUGCGCGACGGCAGCCACAUGCCUCGGUCUCCCUCCGGUCCACAGCAAUGGCACCUGGACCGACAGCUGUCAACGGACGGGGGUGCGACCCCCACCAAGCCUGCCGAUAGGUUUUGUGCAAGACCCGCAGCAACCUAAACAAUGCCGACUGCCACUCCGGCUCCUCACCUACAACGUUCUCUCCCUGAAAGGGGUCGCUGCACACGAGCUCAUGGCCAAGGGACUCCGGGCCAAUGGCGUGUCCGUCGCCGGGUUCCAGGAGACCAGGGAAAAGCGGUCUGGAUUCAGUCACUCACAAGGAUGGUGGGUGCUAAGUGCCAGCAGCGACGAGGCCGGCGCAGGCGGGGCCCAAGUUUGGAUAAACCCGCAGCAGCCGGGCCUUUCCUGGGACCGACAGGCGCUCUCCAUUCUUUGCGCAACCCCCCAAUGCCUCAUUGUCCUAGCGCGCGUUAAUGGCUUGGACUUGGCCAUCACUGUUGCGCACGCACCCACUGCCGUCAGUUCUCCAGAAUCGCUUGCCGAAUGGUGGGAAUCCUUACACAGCCAAGUCAGACGGAUCCCUCCACGUUUUGUGCUCAUAACCUGCAUCGACGCUAAUGCGCGUUUUGUGCAAGAUCCGGCAUACCCGGACACGCUGGAAGCGACACCCAAAACUCGGAACUGCGAACACCUUCGGGAGUUUGCACAGGCGAUCGGUGCGGACAUAAGCCAGCAAUUUUCCAACACGGGAGCUCCGCUGACCUCCUGGCGCAGCCCAAAUGGGAACCAAGCGCUACUGGACUACAUCUUGUUCCCGCGGGCUUGGCGACCUGCUGCGGCCACCCUGGACACUCCGUGUCUUAAUGACCUGCACUGCGAUGUAGACCAUUUCCCGGUUCUUUUGUGUCUGGAUGUCACUUGUGACACAAGCAUACGGCCAGCUGCCCCCCGUGUGAACAUUGAUGCCCUGCGCACCCCACAGGGGCAAUCCCUUGUCAGGGCAGCCUUCGCCAGCAUGCCCGCCAUUCCUUGGAGCUUGGACACCACGAGCCACCUGGACACAGUCCACCGCCACCUGCAUGCAUGCCUUCAGGCUCUGCCGCCUGCGCCGCCAAAACCGCGCAACCCGGCGCUCUCCGCAGAUACGAUUGCCCUUGUUGUCCGCAAGAGACAUGCCCGACGCUGCCUCCGCGUCGUCAGAGCCCGCACCUUGCGACUCUGUACCGACAUCCUUACGCAGGUCUGCAACCGACCUGCCACUGUGCGUGACCUUCGACAGCUAGAGGCACAAAUCCGCCUGGAAAAGCGACAUGCAGCGGGGUGCCGUGAGCUACGGGACGCCUUGACUAAGGCUAUCCUACAGGACAGAGCAUGUUUCGCGCGAAAGGCUAUCGCGGAUGCACGAGAUCAGGGACCCCGUGAGUUCUCACACAAGCUCCGGGCUGUCCUGCGGACCGGCCGCAAAUUUCGAAGCCCUCCGCUUCUCCCCGUCAUCCACAGCAGCAGUGGCGAGUGUGCCGGGCGAGAAGAUGUGUUGGAUGAGUUCGCUCGAUUUUUCGCCACACCGGAGCGAGCGAGGCCUGUAUCCAUCAGGUGCCUCUUGGAUCGGGCGGCUGAGGCAGACCCUGCUCCUGUGCCCCUAGAUGGGGAGUCGCUGCCCAGUGUUGUCCAACUGGCGGCGGCUUUUGGUCAGCUCAAGCCCAACAAGGCACCGGGAAUCUCCCAACUCCCAUCUGAAGUGUUUCGGGCAGACCCCAUGGCGAGUGCCAGGGCAGUGUGGCCUAUCCUGGCAAAGGCAACCGUCCGCGACGGAUUUCCAUUUCAGUGGAAAGGAGGUGCGGCCGCCGCCGUUCCCAAACCAGGAAAAGACGGGUCGACCCUUGGAGGCUUUAGGUCUGUCUUACUCCUUGAGCCUACCGCCAAGGCCGCACAGGUCUCACUGCGGCCCUUGCUCCACAGCACCUUCCUGGGGAUUAAGACCGCCACCCAUUAUGGCGGGGUGGCCGGGGCUCCCAUCUCCCUCCCAGCCCUGUGUGCCCGCGCCCACUUGCAGUUUCUUCACCACAGCAGGGGAAGCGGCGGCGCUAUUUUCGUGGAUUGCCGGGCGGCUUAUUACAGCAUCGCACGCGAAGUGCUGCAUGCCUCCCCCCAAGAGCUUCAGUCGGACACCUGGGUUCGAGCCAGAGCCCGGAUUUUCUUCAAGGAUCCGGGUCAACAGGAUGACUUCAUCGCUGCUCUGCGGGCACAUGCCGUACCCGACCUGCUCCACCGACAGCCUGUCCUAGCCACCCUGCUCAGGAAACAGCUAGACGGCACCUGGUUUUCGGGCAGGGCCGAUUCGCCGAAUGUCAUGCAAGCCGAAAGCGGCACGGUCCCGGGCUCGCCGAUCGCUGACCUCCUUUUCGGUCUUGCCUUCCAACAUUUCCUCCAUUCGAUCGAGGACAUAUUGGCAGAACAAGGCUGUCAGGCCUUCGCUGCUUUCUGCAACAGCGAGCCCACUGACAAUGAGGUUUCCUCGGCCCCGACAUGGGCGGAUGAUGUUUGCAUCCUGUUUCAGACCUCCCGGCCCGAAGGGGUACCCCAAGCAGUGGCCACCAUAAUGCGAGGGGUCACCCAUGGCAUGCACAUCCAGGGUCUUGAGGCAAACCUUGGGGAGGGCAAAACCGAAGCCAUGAUUGUUGUGCACGGGCAGGGCUCUCAGAACGUCCGCCGGGAUAUGCUGUGCACUUCACACCCAACCGUCACCUUCCCCGGGCCCAACGGUGACCAAUGUGUACGUCUUGUCCCUGAGUACACUCAUCUCGGAUGCGUCCUCAGGGCAGAUGGCAGCGACUUUCCGGGCUUGGUCCACCGAGAGCGACAGGCCAUGCUUCUCUACAGGCCCGUUCGCAGACGCCUCCUUUCCAACCCUUACCUGACGGAGGCCGAAAAGUGCGGACUCCUGACGACCCGCAUUUUGCCUUGCUUCUUGCACGGAGCAGGAAUGCUAGUCCUGUCUACCUCACGUGAGCGGGUCAAGUUCGAGGACACGGUGUACCGCAUGUACCGAGGAGCCUUCAGACCCAUCCUGGGUGUGUCCUGCAAAGGAUUCACCAAUUUGGAAGUCGUCUCCGCCUUAGGGAUGCAGACCCCCGAUGAGCUUCUCCUCACACACAGGGCACGCACCCUGGCGGAAGUUGCCCGGGCCGGUCUCUGGAGGGUGUUGAGCUGCCUACAAGCCUCGAGCCCGUGGUGGGCACAGGCGACUGAUGCCGCCAUCACGGUCGGCCUCCUCGACCGCCGACCGGAGGAUGUGGCGGAGCUCCAGCGGAUGAUACGCACAGAUCGCGGAGUUGUCUCACGACUGUGCUGCAAAUUCUUGAAAGAAGGCCGCAAGGGGCGCAGUUUCGACCGAAGUCUCCUGGUCCACCGGAUGAGGCGACCGCAGUCGCUGCUGGUGGGCCAGGAUUGCCUUGGGCCUGCCCCCAGUGCAGCAACUCAUAUGCUUCCUACCGCCAGCUUACAGUCCAUCUGGCGCGGCGGCACAAAUGCCGCAGCCUUGCGGUGCAGAGUGCCUUCGGCACCAGCUGCCAGCGCUGCUCCCGAGAGUUUUGGACACUUCGGAGACUGA